UACCGCCUAUAAAUACUGCAGAACUACUCACUCUGCUCACUUCGCACGGUUUCCUUUAUUUUGUUAUCUCAAUACAACUAUUAGUUAAUCCUCAUCAUGUCCGACUCAAUCGGUAAAACUGAAUACCAAGGCAGUGCUAGAAUGUUUGGUCACUUUCAGUGUCCGAAUUGUAGACGAGGCUGGCAGAGCGGCAAUUCCUGGGCUAAUACCGGACAAAUGUGUCAAAAGUGCAACAUAAUGGUGUUUCCACACGAACAGAAGCCACUCGAGAGAGUUGGAAACAAGGAGGACAAGUGCAAUCCUACAGUCUCACACCCACAGGAGCUGUGCGGGAAAUGUAAGAGGCUGGGCUACCCCUGCACGAAAUUUGGACGAGACCGUUACUAAACUGUUACUAAACGUUACUAAUCAGUGAGCGGGAGAGGACACUACAGAACACUGUUCAGUACGGUGGACUUCGUCAUAAUUCGGAACAGGACAAUGUACAUUGGUCAGAUUUUUUUUCCGUUUUGGGGAUUUUUCUUGUAAUACGGACACUGUGUGUUCUGAUGAUUUGGACUAAUUGUAACUUUUUAAAACCUUACUGCAGCUGAUAUUUCCAGAAAAAUUAACGUGCAAUAAGAUAUAAAGAUACAAUUGUUUUACAGAAUCGUAUGACCUUUCUAAUUUAAGAAAGAGUUUGAAAGACAUUUUGUUUCAAGAACGGUAUUUUGUGAAUCUAAACACUUGUAAAGUUUUGACGAUAUUGGUAAAAGAUUGUUUUAUUUGUUCACCAAGC